AUGAGAGACUUGGCUCUGUAUUUGGCUAAUCAGGACAAUAAAACUCAGUGUAGGAGGCUAUUUAUGCCUACAAUGGAAAAUGAUUUUCCACCAGAUUGGGAAACAUCUAAAGCCCAGGUCGUUUCCAUUCACACGGGGGCAAUGCAGGACACAGACUGGCCCAAAAUGGAGUUCCCUGAGGUGGAAGCUUUGGUUUUAUAUUUCACUGCAAGUGAAUAUUGCAUUCCAACGUUCCUGCACACAAUGAAAAAUCUCAAAGUUUUAAUAAUCCAUAACAAUGAUGGAGUAAAACGAAGCAAGCUCAGUGGAGUGGCAGGUUUUCAAGAACUUUCUCAACUUAAAACUCUGCAUCUUGAAAAGGUGACAGUUCCUCAGGAAUGCAAGGUCUUGAAAAGUUUGGAGAAAAUACACAUGAUUCUAUGUGAGGGCCUUGGUAGGGAUAAAACGAUCGACUUUCCUGAGCUUUUGGAAUUUAAUGUGGACUACUAUAUUGAUCUUGAGGAGUUGCCAGCAGGACUCUGUUCUUCAAUUUCCCUGAAAACAUUGUCAGUUACUCAUUGCCAUCGCCUUGCAAGGCUACCUGAUGAGCUGGAUAAGCUUGGAUCACUUAAGGAAAUAAGAUUGUGUGAAUCUCUAGGUUUGGAAACAGUUCCAUCCUCCAUAUGCGGUCUUAAAAAACUAAGACUCCUUGACAUCUCAUCGUGCAUACAUUUGAAGCUGAGCUGGGGAGACCGCUGUAAAUUGAAGGAUACUCUUCAAACAUUAACCAAACGGACAUCCCUUAAACGGGUUAUUUGUGAUGAGAAAAAUGAAUGGCUGUUCAAACCGAGCUCCAGGACUGAUCUUAAGGUUCAAGCUGUUAAGGAGAAAGAAUCCAAUUUGGAUUGGUUGGAUUGGGAAGGAAGGAAAUUAGAGUUCUGA